AAUGACAGCGAGAGUGUAAACGAAUGGUGCGCUUCGUCUUGCACUCAAAAAUUCGUGAUCGUGCUCUUUGUGUAUGGGUGAACUUGAAACAUUUUUAAUUAGAAGAAACUAGGAUAUAAAGCUUUAUUCUUGGUGGAAAGCAUUUAAUAUACUGGCAUAUCUGACGAAAAUGUCAUCAAGAAAAGCUUAAAAGUUCCAAUUGAAAAGAACAUACGUUCAUAUUUCCAAAAGUAGGCAUUUAAAUCAGUUUUAAAUAAUGAGGAAUAUUUAUCAGGUAUUGAUCAAGCAUAAACUUAACAAUCACCAGUAUCUCCAAUAUACAAAAAAUAUACGUGAUGCUGUUGCUUCUAAACUGCUUGCAGCUAUACAACAAGCUGCAGUACGAUGCUGAGAAUUGUCCUGAAUAUACUGAUGCCUAUAUAAUGUUAGAAGAAUUCUACAUAUUUGCCGCAGAACUGGCACAUCUGUGCGAGCAAGGGCAAAGAACAACAGUUGUUCCUAUGAACGCCUCUUGUUCAUUACACGGUGAUGGAAAAGGUACUAAACACAAAAUUGGUUCAAAGAGGAUGGCGUAUGAGGUAUUUUUGGGCGGGUCUUGUAAUCCAACUACCUGGAGGUCAGAUAUAGCGAUACCGACUCUUCAGAAUCUUGGCAUUACUUACUAUAAUCCUCAAGUGUCACAGUGGAGGCCAGAAUUAAUAGCCCAAGAAUAUGAGGCAAAACAGACGGCACGAGUCUUACUGUUUGUCAUUGAUAAUCAGACGCGCAAUAGCGCGGGCAUCAUUGAAGCAGCUCAACUGGCAGCUACACGUAGCGAGUCCUUAGUUCUUGUCAUUUAUCCAUAUCGUCAAGGACAAGCUAUACUCGGAGAGACUGUUUCUACACAGGAAUAUUAUGACUUGAUGAACGGGUUGUUAGUGCUUCAGUACCUAAUGGAAAGGCAAAGGGUACCAAUAUUCGAGAGUGUAUCAGUUGCCCUUCAUUGUACGUCCAAGAUGUUACGUGAAGAGAUCAAUGUGCAGGAUUGCGUGAACACCGAGGAUGGCAUCAAACCUAUAAGAAUCUCGCUUACUCAAAAUGGAACGGAUGUAGUAAAAUUGCGGGAAAUUUUCAAAUCUAUGGACGUUAAUGAUAGUGGCACAGUAAAAUUGGGGGAAGCUUGGAUGAUGUUACAGUCAAGCACAAUGUGUAACAAUUUGUCUCUCUUGGAUCUGCUCAACACAGUAAAUAAGAAGUCCGAAAUCUAUAGGACAUUAAUAGACGGAUUUCCGGCAAAAGAUGACCCAACCGAAUUGCGAAUAAAUUUCGAACAGUUCUGCGUUUUAGCCAGUGAAUCGUCAUGGAUGCGGAUGAAGAGUAAUGGCAUCUCUUGCGAAAGUGAGAUACCUUCAGUAUGGAAUAUAUUAUGUAGGAAGACCUCAAAUUUCUUGCGCCGAGUUUUCGUACAUCCUUUUAAUCGGUUCCUAGAUUGGACUAACUCCUUCGUACAAGAGUUCGAGAAGAGAGACAUUUAUGUUGGCGUAGUCAGUAAAGAUCUGUUUUGGUUAGAAUCUUCUGCAAUACCGUUGAUAGAAUCAAUGAGGUUAUCUCUAUAUCGACCAAGCUUGAAUGAAUACAACGUAAGAAUAUUGCCGCAUGAAUUGCAGAAGAUAAAGAACUCACGACUGAUCCUAUUGAUAGUGCCGCAGCAUUCGCGCGGUAUCGCCAUUAUGGCAUUGGCAGCUCAUUUGAUUGGACUGCACGUUAAGCUCGUCCUCUGUGUUCGAAUUCUUCCUGAGGGUUCUAUUAUAUCUGACGAACAAUUGACUGAACAAGCCCGAAAAGAUUACAACCGGGGGAGGAUGUACCUGUCGGACUACGCAACGCGUGAAGGUGUACCUGUUUUUCAGAAUAUCGCUGAUGCUUUACAACAUGCGAUACAAUUAGUUCAAAAUCCUUGUUGACUUAAGUGCUCUUUACUGUUUUUCUUUUUUCUAUUUUUUUCACACAGAUAAGCUCAUCAGUUUGAGAAUUAAUUUAUUUUUAUUCUUAACCAUGUCCAGCUACCAUUUGAGAUCAAUACGUAUACCAUAGAUAUAAUGAUGAUAAUGUAUUAUCAUUAUUAUAUCUAUAAGAAGCGAUUGUGUUAGUUACAGCAAUUCAUUAUCGUUAUUGGUUGCUCUUGCUAAUAAGAUUGCUUUUUCUCAUAAUGUUUUUUAUCGUUAAUGUCUCAUCAAUAUACAGCCGCGUGUUAUUUAUGCUCUUUUCAUUAAUAAUGUUGCUUGUUUACAUAGUAUUAUUACACUUAUCAUUUUUAAGUUCUUGACGGAAUUAAAACAUGUGCAAUCAAGACUUUACUUACGUCAAGAUAUUCUAUUUAUUGCUAGUAUUUGUCAUGAACACGGCAUUUGUGAAGCAAUUAUUUUUACUUUGUUGACGUUACAUACGAUCCUUUUAUUUAUUUUAUUUUAAAAAAUUAAUUUUAUAUUGAUUUAAUGAAUCGAGUAGCUAACCAUUUUACUAUAUGCUCUUCUCUUAUCGAAUAACGUUAAAUCCUUAUUUAAUUAUCAUAGAUUAAUAGAAAAAACAAUCUCUCACGGUAGAUGGACAAUUUUUCUCUCAUUUUUUAAAUUGUAACUUAACGUUCGCAAUUUUUUGUAACCUUUUGGUAAUGUGGUUGAGGAUUGAUUUGAUAUAUAUGUACAUAAAACUCAUUAUUUCUAACGAUCUAAUCAAAUUAUUAACUUUUGGAAUCUGAUAAAGAAAGGAUGCGAGAGAGAGAGAGAGAGAGAGAGAGAGAGAGAGAGAGAGAGAGAGAGAGAGGAUGUGUGAAAUUUGCUUGUAUUUGAAUGCGUGAUGCGUAUCUCAACUGAGUAGAUACCGAUAUGCAUGCAUGGAAUAUCAUGAAUAUGCGUGGUACAUUUCAACCCACAAAUAUGAAAUUUUAACUAUCAAUGAUAAUGAAAAUUUCAAUAUAAGAAACUAUUAUCUUAUCCAAAUGAAUGUACAACGUACAAGUGAAUAAGUGAGUAAAAAGAAAAAAAAAACAGAACCAACUAGAACGAGAUAUUAGAGCUGCUGCAUACAUUUUCCAUAACAGUAACUGUAUAUAUAUAUAAGACGUACCUUAAGAAUUAGUUAAUCAAGAAUUAGUCAAAAAUUUUUAGCUCUGAUUGACUAAAGCUAGAAACACAAAAGACGUAAGUAGUAAGCGAAUUGGCCAAUCACAGUAAAUAACUACUUUACA